CUCUCCAGACAGUCUGGCAGACUCUAGGACCCCGAUGAUGAUGAUGCUGCUGCUGCUUCACCAAGAGGCUGAUGGGUGAAUCCCGAUUCGGAGGAAAGGAGACAUGUCUGAUGCACCUGCAGUGGUUUAAUUCAAUAACAUCCUCGGCAGAGAGAUGUGAUUGAUGCGUUAUUGUUCACAAGAAGUGCUUGCUGAGCGCGGUAGAAACGUGCUACUCUGCACAGCUGGUGCCGCACCCGCUCGUCACUGGCUGGACAGCGGAGCGCUGGCCAUGGAGUACAUCCGGACACCCAAGGUGGAAAAUGUCCGUUUAAUUGACCGAGUUUCCACCAGAAAAGCUCCACUAGGAACUUUGUAUCUCACUGCUACUCACAUCAUCUUUGUGGAAAAUGCAUCAGAAGCUCGCAAAGAAACUUGGGUGCUUUACAGCCAGAUAUGCACUCUGGAAAAACAGCCAACAACAGCCACUGGUUGUCCACUUUUGAUUCGCUGCAAGAACUUCCAGGUCAUUCUGUUCAUCAUUCCACAGGAGAAGGAUUGUCAUGAUGUAUACAUUUCUUUGAUCCGUUUAUCUCGGCCAGAGAAAUAUGAAGAGCUAUAUUGCUUUUCCUUUAAUCCAAAAAUAGACAAAGAGCAACGUGAACAAGCUUGGAAUUUUUUAGACCUUAAAGCUGAAUAUAACCGAAUGGGAGUGCCAAAUUCUCUCUGGCAGCUUACUACUGUGAACCGGGACUAUGGGGUAUGUGAUACAUACCCAACUGAAAUUUAUGUACCAAAAUCAGCUACACCUCCCAUUAUUGUAGGAAGUUCAAAGUUCAGAAGCAGGGGGCGUUUUCCAGCACUUUCAUACUAUAACCAAGGCAAUCAUGCAUCCAUCUGUCGAAGUAGUCAGCCUUUGUCAGGCUUUAGUGCACGCUGUCUGGAAGAUGAGCAGAUGCUUCAGGCCAUUAUGAAAGCCAAUCCUGGUAGUGAAUUUAUGUAUGUGGUGGACACUAGACCUAAGUUAAAUGCAAUGGCUAACAGAGCAGCAGGGAAAGGUUAUGAAAAUGAAGACAACUAUUCGAAUAUAAAGUUUCAAUUUAUUGGCAUAGAAAAUAUUCAUGUUAUGAGGAACAGCUUACAGAAGAUGCUAGAAGUAUGUGAACUAAAGUCUCCUUCAAUGGGUGAUUUUCUGUGGGGCUUGGAGAAUUCUGGCUGGCUGAAGCACAUCAAAGCUAUCUUGGAUGCUGGCAUUUUUAUUGCAAAGGCAGUGGCAGAAGAGGCCAUUAGUGUACUUGUUCACUGCUCUGAUGGAUGGGACAGGACAGCACAGGUCUGUUCUGUAGCAAGCCUCCUGUUGGACCCCUUCUAUCGGACCUUGAAGGGAUUUAUGGUACUUAUUGAAAAAGACUGGGUGUCAUUCGGCCACAAAUUUACUCACAGGUAUAAUCAUCUAGAUGGUGAUCCCAAAGAAGUGUCUCCAGUUAUUGACCAAUUUACUGAGUGUGUCUGGCAGCUAAUGGAGCAAUUCCCGUGUGCCUUUGAGUACAACGAGAGGUUCUUGAUCCAUGUCCAUAACCACAUUUACUCCUGUCAAUAUGGAAACUUGAUGUGCAACAGUCAGAAAGAGAGAGAAGAAAUGAGAAUCCGAGAGAGAACACAUUCUCUGUGGGCAUACCUGUGGGAGAAUCGUGUGGAUUACAUGAAUCCUUUAUACAGACCAGACCACAGUCAAACACAGGGAGUCUUGCGGCCAGUUACUACUCCAUACUACUUCAAGUUCUGGAGGGGAAUGUACAACCGCUUUGAAAAAGGAAUGCACCCACGACAAUCAGCAGUAGAUUUCCUAAUGGCUAUCCGAGAGGAAACUCAGCAGUUGCAAGAAGAACUUGAGGCUCAGGAGGAGAAAAUUGCCAAGCUAGAAAAGGUGCAAAUGAAGAAUGGCAAACUGUUACCAAAACCUAAAGGCAGAGUCAAGCACUUUGGCCCCUCCACAUCUGACAACAGCAUCGCCAACACUCCACAAGACUACGUCAGUGGGAGUGUGUGUACAUUUCCUAAUGAAAGUCCUUUGCAGCAGUUAGACAUGGAAAACUCUCUUCUCAUUCUUACAAAAGAGACACUGAAGUGCUCAGACCCUGAUCUCUCCGCAAACAGUGACCAGGAGUCAGGAGUUGCAGACUUGAGCUGCCGCUCGCCCAGCGGUGGAGACUCACUACCUAGUGAGGACAGUGUCAAGGAUCCCGAUUCGGAUGAAGCUACUUAUGUGGCAGCUUGAAUAGAAAUCUUAAUCCUUGCCGCUUGUGCUGGUUGUAAAAAGAACUCGGGAGUGACAUUCUAAAUGGGGUUUGGGAGAGAUGUGUGUGUGCAAUGAAUCUGAAAUAACUAUAAUUGACAAGCUGGAAUUGAACACUUUGACUUGUAUUAUAGCUAAGUGCAAUUUUUAAUUUAACUUUUAAGAGCCAAUCAUCAUCUUUUAGACCCUACAAAGGUCGAACUUGAAGACAUAAUAGAUCUUUUUUGAGAAUUUUUUUUAAAAAUUAUAGGUUUACAAGGGCACACUUAUUCAAGACUCAGAAUUUACUAAUUUUUGUUAGUGUGAUACUUCAUCAGACUUGCUGUAUAAAAUAUAACUAAAUCACAAAGGAAUGUCACAUGUUUACUCCAAAUCACCAUGUUACACUAUAGGUAGAAUUUUGCUGGGUAGGCUCUGUUCUCUCAAACAUGAUCAGAAUACUCAGUUUCAUUGACUGUUUUAUGGAAUGAAACAGUGCUGUGCUGUAUACAGAAAAUGGAGUAACGAGUCUGUGAACUCAUUGGUCCCUUUUACACCUGGCAUUACUGUAUGUUUUUGGUGAUCCAAUCAGGAUGAGAGAGCACUUGACCAUACUGUGAAUGCACAGAUGGUGAUCAGAUCACUCAGACAACAUUCAGAGUUGGUCAGAAAGACAGACUCAUUUGUGAAUCCAUAAGCUUGUGAUGUAAAGGAAGAAAAUCACGAAAGGAAAGAUAAGAGCUGUUGGUUUGGGUUCACCGACAAAAGCGCGAUAGACAUAUGCGCCCCGACAAAACCGCGACGGACAAAUGAGUGCCGACAAACCC